CAUUCGUUCGAUAAAAUGGCGUUAGGAAAUCUCUUCAAGCAGAAGCCUACUAUCGUUGCUGAUGCACCACCUCUCCCGAACGCGCCCGAACUUGAGAAACCAAUGGUUGGCAAUGAGGGAUACGGCGGUCAAGCUCCUGGAUACGAUCCCGAGAAGACUGGUCCCAAGGGCAUGAAGAUGAACAGAAUCGACGGCCCUAUAAACAAAUCCAUCGGCCAAUCAGGCGAUCUCAGCGACGACAGCUCCGGCAUGACUGUGGGAAAGCAGAUGGAGAUGGAGGCCGGAAAUGCCAUCAAGUACAGGACUUGCAGUUGGCCAAAGACUGCCGCAUUGUUGUUCUCUGAGUACAUCUGCCUGGCUAUCAUGUCGUUUCCAUACUCGUACGCCACAUUGGGCUUGGUUCCUGGUCUCAUCUUGACCGUGGUCGUUGCCGGACUGGUCCUGUACACUUCUCUGGUUCUCUGGUACGNNGAAUUCUGCCUGCGUCACCCUGAAGUCAAGGACGUCUGUGAUAUUGGUCAAAUGCUCUUCUGGGGUCAAAGGUGGGCAUGGUGGGCUACCGCUUUCAUGUUCAUCUUGAACAACACCUUCAUCCAGGGUCUGCAUUGCUUGACUGGAGCCAAGUACCUCAACACCAUGACCGGCCAUGGUCUCUGCACAAUCGGCUUCAGCGCCAUCGUUGCCGCUGUUUCCUUCUUCGCAUCUCUCNCCCGUACUUUCAACACCCUUGCUGUGUUGGGUACAGCUUCUGCGUUCUUCACCUUCAUCUCGGUGAUCUUGGCUACUAUCUUCUCCGGCAUCGAGGAUCACCCUGCUAAAUACCCCAAGUUUGGAGAGCCUCGCGUGCUCGCGAUUCCCGAGUCAGGAACCACUUUCGUUGCUGGAAUGUCUGCAUUCAUGAACAUCAGCUACACAUUCAUUGGACAGAUUACUCUGCCCUCGUUCAUUGCCGAGAUGAAGAACCCUCGCGAUUUCCCCAAGGCCCUUUGGGCUGUCACUAUCGCGGAAGUCAUUCUUUUCUCGCUUGUUGGUGCUAUCAUUUACGCAUACACCGGUACCCAAUACUACACUGCACCCGCUUUUGGAUCUCUGAGCAACGAGGUGUACAAGAAAGUCAGCUUCUCGUUUAUGAUUCCCACCAUCAUUUUCCUGGGCGUGCUAUACGCUUCGGUGUCGGCUCGUUUCGUCUUCUUCAGAAUCUUCGCUGGCACCAGACAUAUGGGCGAACACACUGUCAUCGGCUGGGCGAGUUGGGCUGGUAUCCUGCUUUGCACCUGGAUCCUGGCCUUCAUCAUUGCUGAGGUCAUUCCCUUCUUCAGUGAUUUGCUGUCGCUCAUGAGUUCGCUGUUUGACAGUUUCUUCGGAUUCAUCUUCUGGGGCAUGGCAUACCUUCGUAUGCGCGAAGCAGACUACGGACCGGACUACUGGAAGAACAGAGGAUUCAGAGGAACUUUCGGGUUCGUCUUCAACCUGAUUCUUAUUGCCAUUGGAUUGCUGUUCCUGAGCGGAGGCACAUAUGCAUCAGUUCAGAGUAUUGUGGACGGAUACAACUCGUCAACAUACGGUACAGCCUUCUCGUGCGCCGACAAUGGUCUCUAG